AUGAGCCCUUGGAUAUCUUGCACACUCGACAAGGACAAGCCCGACAUGCCAUUCAACAUAGAGGACUAUAAGGAUAUCGAACCUUUACCCAUAACGACGGGGUUGCCCGAUGAAUUGUGUGAAAUUAUGUAUACGGAUAAUUAUAAACAGAUCAUGGGUAUAGCUCGUGCCUUGGUGCAAAAAAAGGAAUAUUCUGCAAGAGCCUUGCAAUUGACCUCUGAGGUCAUUGGUAUGGCACCUGCAUUUUAUACCAUUUGGAACUACCGUUAUGACAUUGUCAAAUGGCAAAUGGAAACACAUUCUAAUGUACCAGAACUAUUGAACAACGAAUUGAGUUGGUUGGAUGAAAUCACUUUGAAUAAUCCAAAGAAUUAUCAGAUUUGGUCGUAUAGACAAUCAAUUCUAAAAAUACAUCCUUCCCCAUCUUUCAAAUUGGAGUUACCAAUAUUACAAAUGAUGAUCGAUGAUGAUACUAAGAACUAUCAUGUUUGGUCGUACAGGAAGUGGUGUUUGCUGCUAUUCCAAGAUUUUUCUAAUGAACUAAGCUACACAGACACUUUAAUACAAAGAGAUGUAUAUAAUAAUAGUGCCUGGGCUCAUAGGAUGUUUGUCUUGAAAUCAACUGCUCCAUCAGGAAACGACAUUAACGAUGAAAUAAACUAUGUCAAGGAAAAGAUUGAAUUGGUCCCACAAAAUAUCAGUGUUUGGACAUAUUUGAGGGGAUUGUAUGAGUACUUCAGAAAGGAUGUUUAUGAUGAAGAAAUUAUAAAGUUUGCGGAAACUUUCACCAACAAUGUGUUUGAUUUAAAAACACUAGAAAACUUACCACCAGUAGAGUCUUCCUAUGCCAUCGAGUUUUUGUCAUUUGUCUACUCCAAGAAUGAGGCGACGCAAUAUAAAUCGAUUACUGGAUAUAAGGCCUUGUCUGAAAAAUAUGAUCCUGUGAGAGUUGGACUAUGGGACCAUAAGAUUAAGCGUAUCCAACAGGGAAAUAGGGCCAUUUAA